CUAAGCCUGCUUUUUUCAUGAUAUUCUUUCAACAGUGCAAGUUAUUAAAGUUAUAAACUGGCCAAUCAGGUGCCUUAGUAAAAAUAUGGGGUCUCACGACGAACGUUCAAAACAUUUGACAUAUUCCUCAAGCCCACUUUCAGUGGUAGGGAUCUGGAUUUCUAGAGUUGACAGUGGUUGCCAAUGAAAUGUCGUCUCAGUCCGAUUUGGACCAAUAACUGCUUUCUGACAAUUUCUGGCUCAACUACGGCAAAAAAAGCCGAUUGAAUUGACUUAAAUUCAUUAGAGCUGGAAGUAAGCUAUUUUCUAUGGGUGACGUCACACUCACUUGAUCCAGUUUUCUUAUUCAGUCAAUGAUUCAGAUCUUGUUCCUGCCCUAAGCCACUCAACAAAAAGUAUGAAAUAGGGAGCAACAGCUUGCUUAAUACUCUGAACAUGUAUAUCCUAGACAGGUCAUCCAAUUAAAGAAAAACCUGAUACGACGAUGGCUUUAAAAGUAUUUAGAUCACCUUUUAGAAAAACAAAACAUGAAGACAGAAAAAUAGCGGGUGUAUUGUUGUGUUCUAUAUCCAUACCACACUUUGUUUGCUUUGUUUCUUUUUUUGUGGAAAAAAAACAAAACUUUUCCAAAAUAGCCUGAAUUUCUUUUUAAAUAACACCUUAGAUAAACAGAAGUCCAUACAUGAUGACAAGUACAUGAACCACAAAAGGAAAAGUUGCAGUUAAUGACUUCUUUCUAAAUGAUUUCCAAGCACACUGACGUUUCCAAAACUGUUUCUGAACAAACCAUUGUAGUAUGUAACAAGGACAGUGGUGGAGAUAUAAUAAUUUGGGCUUCUUCUGCAGUCACAGAGUCACUUUCAAAUAUUUGGGGGAGAAACAUGAAGGCAGCUUGUGAUGCAACACCACAGUGAUCCAAACCAUUGUUGUACUGGCUGACUCUUACUGAUUUUCAGUGCAUAGGACUCAUUCUUGUCAACAAAUGUGCUAUCACUGGGCAUGUAUUGUCAUGUUUUAGCAGCUUCCCAAAGCAACAUGCUGUUGGCUUUGCUAGACACUUCACAUGCAUUUCCAUUGAAAUAAUUAAACAGACAGGAAGUCUUUUACCAUGCAUUAAAAAUUACCAGUUGCCCCUACAUGCUUCAGAAACGUGCCAGGAUGGACUUGAAUUUGCUUAGGCAUCAGCAAAUAGUAAAAGAAUCUUAACAAACUAAGUAACGUACGGAAGUGAAACUGGCCAAACAUCCUUCUCCAGUGGUUGUAGGCAAUGCAACGAAUGUUUGCUUUAAAUGGAUGCUGCAAAAAGAUGGCACUUCUAGCUACAUGUUGCACAUUUGUUCUUUCAGUUUAACCAGGUUAACCAGAUUGUUUUGCUAUCAUUUUCUCUCAUACACGAGAAUUUUAAAAAACAAAACUGUUGAUUAAUGGAUGGAUCUGUGGAUUUUUACUACUAUCAAAACACAACAAAAUUGUUGAUAACGACAACAAUGCAUAACAUCCUUCCAGCGAAGAGUAAUUGUAAAUUAAGAAAAAGCAUGAUUUGUGUUGCUUUGUUGUUUCUGUUUUGUUCUUGAUAUUCAUUUUUGAUUUGUGUCUGUCAAUGUUGCCAAAUGUUUUAGCUAUAAUGAUAUCUAAGCCAAUAAGUGUUGAUGACUUCCUGCGCACCACCCAUAUGACAACUGCCGUGUGUGUGGGAAUUUGUGAGCAAAUGCGUGCGUAUGCGCGAGUAAUCAACAAACAACUUCUCUCUCACAGAAACUACCCUUCCCAUCAGACUUGGCUGACCUGGUUUCAACAUGGAGUAGAGCAGUGAUUUUAUGGCAUUACAUGCUCUGAUCUCAGAUCAUUGAAAUGCCUAAGACAUCUUGGAGCUGCUCUGCUGCAGAAUCAACAGAGCUGUUUAUUUUAGAGGCCUGUUGAUCCCUUGGUGGAUUGGGUUCUUUGCUAACUUCUGUUUAUUUCCAGGCUUAGCUGCGCUCAGCGGAUCAUUUCUUGGGCUCCCCACCUUUGAGGUUCUGCAUUCUUUUCUUACACCCAUGAACACUCCCUCUGUUUCUCCCCCUUCUGGCAUAUGAAGAAGAGAGGAAGAGACAGUUGGCAUUUGCAUGUCCAUACUGUACUGACUGUGGCAAAAUGGCAGCUUCUCUCUCAUCGUCCUCCUUCCUUUACCUCACUCACCCUCUCCUGAGAGAAGUAACCCAGAUUUCAAAAUGAAUCGCCGCCUAUUCCCCUCAAUCUUUCUCCUCUCUCUCUGUUACUUUAUUUUUUCCUCACUGUCUCUCUCUCCACCUCUUGUCUUCUUCCUCGUAAAAACAGAAUCUAUCUUGGAAAGAGAAUAGCACCUCUGUCUCUUCCUCCUCAUCAUCCUUUUUCUGGGUUAAAGGAGAUAUACCGAUGCACUCUGCUAUCUUUGGGUCUCAGAAACUCGAAUCGUAACAGUUGUUAUUUCUAUUUAAAGUUAUAACCCUGCCUUUUUUUAAGGUUUAUUUUUGUUGCCAGCUUUUUUUUUUUAGCUUUGCAGUAUUCUACUUCUUUUUGGAGGUAAGCAGCUACAGGUGGGCCCAUCUUUAUUUUUCAAAACCCAGAGGGAGGCAGGAGACGGCGAAGUGGAUUUGUUUGGAUUUCUUCUCACUUGCAGCAAAUUCAGGUAUUUUGUGUUUAAUUUAUCCAGUUGCAGUGUGUGCACAUUUGUUGCUAUCCUUUUGACAGUAAAUGUUGUUUCUAUGUAGUCUAAGAAUGAUCAUUUUACCUUCUGUUCACUUUAUUAACCAUUUUAGCCCCCCUUGUUACUUUACAAAGACAACCAUAUGUCACAAGCAUAAUCUUUAGAAAUGGGCUUCUUUGGAUGUUCAUUAAAAUCUUGUUGAAUUUAAAUUCAUUCUUUAUGGUUCAACAAAUCUUUGAUGCUAAUCUUUUCAUGUAUUAGUUGCACACAUAUCCAUGUUAUUCUGCAACAAACUUUUCUGCAGAAAUGGGUCUACUGCUAAUAAGGACGAGCAGGAAAAUGAGAGGAUGCUCUGAUACUGGAGCAGCUGGUGGGGGUGUUGUUCACAUGGCAACAGGAGUUGGUUGACAUAAGGACCACGGGGUGGGUGGGGGCCAGACGUAGCUGGCAGGAAAAUCGAGAUAUAAGGGGGUGCAGAGGGAUGGAUACGCAGUAUGUGGGACACACACUAGAAACGGCACAUCUUUCCCACACAGCAUGUGGGAGAGCCGUUUAGGGUUUAGGAAUUCUCAGGAGUUCUCUGCAACUUCAAUUUUUUUCUUCCCUUCUCUCUUCGUCAUAUCACCGCGCCGCUGCUCCCUACCCUUCAUGCCAUGUGCCAUUAAUACAACUGCUGUCUCCACUGUGACCCAUUACACUUCUCAUCCAUCCUCCUUUUCUCCUCCUCCUCUUUUACCCUCUCCCAUGUUCAAGGUCCUUUUCCAGCACAGCUCCAAGGCCUUGGGAGUGACUGCUACCUUCCACCCCCAUUAUCCCUCCUCCUACUUUUCCACAUCCUCCAGGCAUCAUGUCCACCCCUGUGUCCCCUUCACCUUCCCUCUCUCCACUGACACUGGCCUCCCCUACAUCUGCAACCUCGCCUGGCGUUUCACCCCUGCCAUCGCCCCUCUCCCCUCCACCCAGGGUGCCGGUGUUUCAGAGGAAAGGAGCCCUCAAACACAAAAGGGUUGUGGAGGUGAAAGACCAUCAGUUCACAGCACGAUUCUUCAAGCAGCCCACCUUCUGCAGCCACUGCACCGACUUCAUUUGGGGUAUUGGAAAGCAAGGAUUCCAGUGUCAAGUUUGCAGUUUUGUGGUCCACAAAAGAUGCCACGAGUUUGUGACCUUCACCUGUCCUGGCUCUGUGGCGGCCCCCAGACCUGACGACCUGAAGAGUCAACACACAUUUAAGGUCCACACAUAUUCAAGUCCCACAUUUUGCGACCACUGCGGCUCGCUGCUGUACGGCCUCAUCCACCAGGGCAUGAAAUGUACCAGUUGUGACAUGAACGUCCAUCGAAGGUGUGAGACCAGUGUGCCCAGUCUCUGCGGACAGGACCACACAGAGAAAAGGGGUAGAAUCCACCUGACCAUCAGAGGCGACAAGGAGGACGUCUACGUGACAGUGCGUGAGGCUCGCAACCUGAUGCCCAUGGACCCCAACGGAUUGUCAGACCCGUAUGUAAAACUCAAGCUGAUUCCAGAUCCAAAGAGCCACAGCAAACAGAAAACCAAGACCAUCCGCUCGACCCUCAACCCUGUGUGGAAUGAGAGUUUCACUUUCUCAGUGCGUGGCCACCAGUGGGACAGACGCCUGUCCGUUGAGGUGUGGGACUGGGACCGGACGUCUAGGAAUGAUUUCAUGGGUGCACUGUCCUUUGGUGUCAGUGAGAUUUUCAGGCGUCCCAUCAGUGGAUGGUUCAAGCUCCUGGCUCAAGAUGAGGGAGAGUACUACAAUAUUCCUGUACCGGACCCUGACCUGCAGGAACCUCAGCCAGACGUCACAGUGCCCGUUCUGCCUCAAGUGGUGGUAACCCCGCUGCCGGAGCCGUUCCCUGUGGCCCUGUCCUCCAUCCCCAUCCAACCCUGUCUCCCGGUCCAUAAGUCAGGUUCCACCAAAGUCACAGUGAGCAUCCACGACUUCAACUUCCUCAUGGUGCUGGGCAAAGGGAGCUUUGGCAAGGUGCUGCUGGCAGAGGAGCGAGGCAGCGAGCGUCUGUUUGCGGUGAAGGUUCUGAAGAAGGAUGUUCUCUUCCAGGAUGAGGACACAGAGAGCGCCCUAGUGGAGAGGAGAGUUCUAGCCCUCCCCUCACGCCCUCACUUCCUCACAUCUCUCUACUGUGCCUUUCAGACUGAGGACCGCCUGUAUUAUGUGAUGGAGUAUGUCAACGGUGGAGACCUGAUGUUUCACAUUCAGCAAGUUGGGAAGUUCAAAGAGCCCCAUGCAGCUUUUUAUGCAGCGGAGGUGGCAGUUGGCCUCUUCUUCCUCCACAGUAAAGGCAUCAUCUACAGGGAUCUGAAGCUGGAUAAUGUACUGCUUGACAGUGAAGGCCACAUAAAGAUAGCAGAUUUUGGGAUGUGCAGGGAGGGCGUGUUUGAGGGCGACACCACACGCACAUUUUGUGGCACCCCUGACUACAUUGCCCCUGAGAUUGUGGCAUAUCAGCCGUAUAACAAAGCAGUGGACUGGUGGUCUUACGGAGUACUGCUUUAUGAAAUGCUGGCAGGACAGCCACCGUUUGAUGGCAUUGACGAGGAGGAGCUGUUUCAGUCCAUCAUGGAGCAGAGUGUGUCCUAUCCCAAAAGUCUCUCCAGAGAAGCCGUCGCUAUCUGCAAGGGACUCCUGACAAAACACCCUGCCAAGCGUCUGGGCGGAGGAGAGGAGGCAGAGAGGGAAAUCAGGGAGCAUCCCUUCUUCCGAUGGAUCGACUGGGAUUGUCUGGAAAGACUGGAGAUCCAGCCACCAUUUAAACCCAGAACUGGUGGAAGGAAAGGGGAGAACUUUGACAAGUUCUUCACCGGAGCUCCAUCAGUUCUCACGCCGUCCGAUCCCGAUGUGCUUGCAGCCAUCAACCAGGAAGACUUCCAGGGGUUUUCCUUCCUAAAUCCAGACUUUGCUCCCUCACCUCUGACCGCUGUUUGAAGAAAGCCCCCAGUCCCACAAACCCUUCGUACCUGUUAUCUUUCCAAUCCUAGAUUCAUAGUGGACAAUUAGAUUGUGACAUAGCAGCAGGUCAGUUAUUCCCUCAACCAAAUUUUAACGUUUACACAAAGAUGUCAUGACACCUUGAUAUUCACUUACUCUUUGACGUACUUAUGCACUAGUUACUGCAUGUGUGUCAACAGCUCACACAGAGGCAGCAUUGUGGAAUAGAGUUUUGUAAGAGUCCUCUUAAGUUGAUUUAAGACUACUGUAGUAUCAACUUGAUGAAAUGAACACUUUGCAUGCAGCUAGUUUUCAUAUAACUUCAUAAUUCAAAGAAGACAAAAGUAUUUAAAACUUUUGGGUUUUGUACAACGGCAGAAGUAGAGUGGUCGACCUCUGACUGGGGAUCGCGGGUUUGGUUCCCUCUCUGUGCACCCAUGUGUACCCUUGAGCACAACAAUGCACCUCUCAUUGCUCCAGGCAGCCUUGUUAGCACCUUGCAUUGGUGCAUAACUGUGCGUAUAAACGGGUACUAUGCCUGUAUAGCGCUUUGGGUCUUGAAGAUGGUAGAAAAGUGCUAUAUAAACAAACACCAUUCGUCAUUUAACCAUUUUGAAAGAGAAAAGAAAAGAAAAAAACGCCAACGUGAAGCCCUUUUCUUUCCUGCACAGUUUUGCCUCUUUGAAGCUUGUUUGCUUGUGCAGGAACUUGUACAUUUCUGUUUUGAUUGUUGUACACCAGGAGACUUUUUGGUGUGUAAUGAUGUGCUCACUGCAUUGAUUGGUAGUAAUUAAAAGCGAGGCUCAGUGAGACUGUUCAAUACGUGGAAAAAAUGCUAACAGUGUUGUCAAUGAAAACUGUGUGAUCGAAGCAGGUAGCAGCAAAUCUCAGCACUCUUAUGUCAUAAAGAUAAAUGGUGUAUAUUUGUUUGAUGGAUAGUUAGAUUUUUUCAAAGCAACGGAUCCUGCUAAGACGAGUGGAAGUGUGGUUAAUUAUGCAGCAAAAGGUCAUUUUAGGUCAGCCAGAGAUGAAUCUGAAUGUCACAACCAUGCAGUAUAAUAGAUAUGAUAUAUAAAGUGUACCAGUUUAUAGUAGGCAAUUAUCCUUGUUAGUGUAACUCUUUUUUGUUGUUUUUAUGUUCUAACAAAAAUCUAAUAAAGUGACUCAGAAAAGUCAUGAA